AUGGCAUCCACAUUCACCGACAUCAAAUUCGAGAUCCGCGGCCAGAUCGGAAUCAUCAAAUUCAACCGCCCCAAAGCACUCAACUCAUUUGGCGGCAACCUGAUCGAAGACACAAUCGCCGCGUUGCGGAUCCUGAACGAGCACCCGGAUACCGUGUUCACGGUGCUGACCGGAGAGGGGAGGUUCUUUUCCGCCGGUGCGGAUGUUAGGGGGUUUGGUGCUGGGGGCAGCGGUGGGCCUCCACAGUAUAAGAAUGACGCUGAGAAGAAAUUGGCGUUUUUGGGGAGGUUUAACUAUGCAACCGAACUCCUCCGCAGCAUGAUCGACCACAAAAAAGUCCUCAUCCUCGCCCUCAACGGCCCCGCCGUCGGCGGAGGCGCCGCCUGGUUCCCCGGCAUCGCCGACAUCGUACUUGCCACAACCGGCAGCUGGUUGCAAUGCCCCUUCAGCGCGCUCGGCCUCGUCCCCGAAAACGGCUCCGCGCUCUCCUUCGCACAGCACAUGGGCAUCCACCGCGCGAACGACUUCCUCAUGUUCGGCACGAAGCUCUCGGCGCAGGAGCUCAAGGACGCGGGCAUGUACAACUACGUGUGGGACAAGACGGGGGAGGAGUUUCAGGCAGAGGUUGUGCGGUUCCUAGAGGGCCAGCUCGAGGGGAAUGACGGGAAGAGUAUGAUGGAGAUGAAGAGGUUGCAGAAUGCGCCGAUUAGGGAUGCGAGGUUGAUCGCUGUGGUCAAUGCGGUGGAUGCACUGGCGGAGAGGUUCGUCGAGGAUGCGCCGACGAAGAGGUUUGCGAAGAAGAAGGCCGAGUUGGAGGCGAAGAGUAAGGAGAGGGGGGCUAAGUUGUAG